AUACCGAAAGCUUACAUUAAGGAAGUGGAGAGACAGGAUAUAAAAGCAGAAGCAGGUGUUUUGAAUAGAGAGAGCAAGGCAGGACUCAAUUUAAUUCAGUCAGUGAGUGAUACUUGAUAGACAUUUGGUGCAUCAAUGGAAAGCAAACUAUUGCUUCACAUGAAUAGUGGCAAGGGAGAAAGGAGUUAUGCAAACAACUCCAUGCUACAAAGAAAAUUAAUGAUUAAAGGCAAACAUAUACUAGAAGAAACUAUAACGAGAUUUUAUAGCAAUUAUUCUCCAAGCUGCAUGAAAGUGGCAGAUUUAGGUUGUUCUGUAGGACCAAAUACACUUCUUGUGAUAUCAAAUAUUAUUGACAUUGUUGAUACCACAUGCACCCGCUUGAAUCAAGAACCACCCACGUUCCAAUUUUAUCUCAAUGAUUUGUUUGGAAAUGAUUUCAAUACCACCUUCAAGUCUCUUCCUGAUUUCUAUAAAAGAUUGGAUGAAGAUAAGGGACACAAGUUUGGUUCAUGCUUUAUUAAUGCUACCCCGGGAUCCUUCCAUGGGAGGCUCUUUCCCAAUAAUUCCAUAAACCUUUUUCAUUCCGCCAACAGUUUACACUGGCUUUCUCAGGAUCCAUUAUUGGAGUUUACUAAGGAGGCAGAAUCAUUUAACAAGGGACACUGUCAUAUAGUUAGCACAAGCCCUCCAGCUGUAUACCAAGCUUACCUUAAGCAAUUUCAACAAGACUUUAAAUUUUUUUUGAAAUCACGUUCGGAGGAACUUGUGCCAGGAGGAGCAAUGGUCUUAUUGUUUCUUGGCAAAAAUAAAACUCAUAGAAGAACUGGUUGGGAAAUAAUUAGCCUAGUACUCAAUGACAUGCUCUUGGAGGGUUUGAUUGAAGAAGAAAAAUUGGACUCCUUUAACAUACCAGUGUAUGAACCUACAGUUGAAGAAAUUAGGCAUGUGAUUCAGGAAGAAGGGUCAUUCUUUCUUCAACAAUUAGAGAUUUUAAUCUUGCCUUGGGAUGAAGGCUUAAAUGAAGGUGUUGAUGCAAAUAUAAAAGCCCAAUUCAUGGCCAAGGUCGCAAGAGCAAUAAUGGAGCCUCUCUUGUCUGCAAAGUUUGGAAGAGAAGUUAUAAUUGAAGUAUUCAUCAGGUAUGAAAAGAAACUUGCGCAACUGAUGGAAGUGGAGAAAUUGGAGUCUACUACUUUUGUGAUAUCCAUGACAAAAAAUGCUUGAAGAGGUGUUGCUCAAUAGAAUAUUUAAAUACUAGUUUUUAAUUUCUUCCUCUGUGAACCUGUUUUGUUCUGGUGAAAUAAAGUUAAGGCGUAUAGAAGAGGCUGAUCUAGUUCAAGCUUAAGAUCUAUAUAUAUAUUAGUAUGUCACAGAUCAUAAAAA